AUGGCAUUUACUGACCCCAGCACGGAUUGUACGUCAGACAAGAAAGGGAUUCGGAGAAAAAGUUGGAAGAAUCGCUUCACGUUAUUGUUGAAGAAAAACACACGUCUGAUGAAGAACAAACCCAGCAGGCCGAGCACUGACGAUGUCCUCCGCUGGGGCCAGUCCCUUGACCACCUCCUCAGUCACAAAUACGGUAAAGCAGCAUUCUUCGUCUUUUUGAAGUCUGAGUUCUGUGAGGAGAACAUUGAGUUUUGGUCCAAGUGCGAAGAAUACAGGACUCUCAGCUCUCGCAAAGACCUGGAGUCACGAGGAAACAGCAUCUACCAGGAGUUUGUCUGCAGCGAGGCGCCAAAAGAGAUAAACUUGGACUACCAGACCAGAAACGCCAUCACUCAGAACCUGGAAGAGCCCAGUCCUUUGCUUUUUGUACAGGCCCAGCGGAAAGUCUACAGCCUCAUGGAGAAUAACGCAUAUCCGCGCUUUUUGCAGUCCAACUUUUAUAAAGAUCUGUGCUCUACGGCCAAAGGAGAGACCAAGCACGUCAUGACUUAG